AUGGCACAAAUAUCCGAUCUUCCGCCUCCAAAACCAAUUCAGGACCGUUCUCUGGGCCCGCUAAGGACAGUCAUGGUUACUCUCACGGUUGAAAGAAUACAGUCUUUCCUGAUGCUUGGAUUAUUCGAAUGGAGUCAAGAGAAUGCCCCGAGUGCUUGGAUGUAUCUUGGGAUAGCCAUUCGCAUGGCCAAGCUGAUGAGGCUAGAGCAAGAUGACCGGCGAAUGGCUAUACUGGAAAACCAGGCAUCCGACACAAAACGAUUCGAGAAGAGGUCGCCAGAGAUUUCGAUAAUAAGAGAGACACGUCGACGGACAAUGUAUAGCUGUUUCAUUCUUGAUCGUCUGAUGAGCUUCGGGAGCGAGCGACCGCUAAGCAUUGCAGUCGAGAGCAUGUUGAUCCAGUUGCCAUGCUCUGAAAUGGCUUAUGACCUGUCUCUUGAAGUCUACACUGGACUAUUACAACCAUACGGAGCAUCGAGCCAGCCUCAGAUCAACGAUGAUAGCACGUUGAGCCGAUUUAUCAAUUUGGUCGAAAUAUGGGGCGAGAUUUCGAGGUACAGUUCGAUGGGUGGCCGGUUACAAGAAACGCAUCCCCCGUGGGACCCCAGGUCGACUUUCUACAAGUUACAAGAGAAGACAAAUGCGUUCAACGAAGAUCUACCUGGCACUUUCACAUUAUCUCGGCAGAACUACUACCGACAUGAUAACCACCAGGCUACCAGCACCUAUGUGUCUCUACAUAUGCUGGCUUCAGUUUGUCAAAUUGUUCUCAACCGGGAAUAUCUCCCGUUUCUCCCCCUGCGAUCCCGCGGGCCUCAGGGACCUCCCAUAGGCAACCAAACUGUACUCAACUUUGCACCAGAUCGAUUCUGGGAAGAGAGCGCAGAAGAUGUUUUCCAAGCAUCCCGUAACAUCACCGACCUGGUUGGUCUCUGCAAGGAGAAGCUGCCUCUGUCCUCGCUGUCGAUAUUCUCUAUCUGGCUCGCUGGGUUCAUGUCUGUCUAUGCUCACCAUUUUCCGCAGAUUGAUACGAGCCAUCGAUUGAGGAGUGAACAGGCUGAGAGUCCCCAUACGGGAGAGAAUUUGAGUAUGCUUGAACAGGGACAGGCUGGGACAGUUUGUCAGGCAUUGCGAAGAGCCGCAACUUACUUGCCCAGCGCUCAAAGAUACCUGGAUAAUCUUGAGGCGGUAGACCGGUGUUUUACACAAGCAAAGAACUCGACGCAUGGAUCACUAAGUCUUAGGCUUGGCGAAGUUGGCCACGGUAGCGAACUCAACCAGACAGGAUCGCAAGAUAAACAACGACGAGGAGUAUAUGAUAUGCAUCGCACAAGCAGAAGCCCUAUGUCAGCGUCUCCGAAAACGAGAAACUCACAUCGGCCCAUGCUGGAAGAACCCCCCAAACCCACCUCUUCAACGUCAAAGAGUCAACUCUCGCUGCUGGGGAUUGAUGAAGGACCGCUGGCAAUGGAUACACCGAAGCUCUUCGUGGACAAUAUUGAGACCUUGGAGUCGCAACGGAUGAGUUGGGUAUUGAAUGAUCUAGAGGCCUUCUCGGGCGCAGGAUCAUUAAGAGUUGCCUUCCUGGGAUAA